CUUAUAAGAACACCUAGGUUGAGACAUUCUCUGUAUAGACAUUCAUUUUCCAGAUAAUCUCAUAGCUCUCCGUCCAAGUCAAUGAAUAUAUCGUAUAUAGUACCUAUAUCUCAAGCUAAUCCAGUCUCCAUGGCUCUCUGGCGUGAGGAGGGAGAAAUGAGCGAGACUUGGAGUGUGCCAGUCAGUCAGUAAGCCGCACCAUCGAAAGAAGUUUAAUGAUCGCCGCUGUUUUCUUGCUCAUUCACCGUCAGUGUGUAAACGACCUUCCGCGGCGGAGCAAGUGACUUUGCGUGUGCACUUAGCGAGUGGACAAGAGCAGUAUUGCACACAAAAUUGCACUCUAUCAAUACCCACUUUAGUUUCUUUCAAAAACAGGAUAUUUCAUAUAUAGCAAAUAAAUUUUAAACGAGUGAACGGCUGUAAAAGCUCCACAAGGAAGCACGUGUAUGGUGUAUUCUGUGCGAAAGUUUUCAACGUGUUUGGCAAAAAUCUCUGCAAGAAGCGAGAAGAAAAAAAAAGGUGCUGCUUUUGCGAGUUUCUCAGCACAUAAAACUCCGGUCUCUUUUUUUGUUGGUUUUAGAGCAACUCGCAUAUAGAGUAUUUUUGCAAAAUUGCAAAGUGAAUUAUAAAGUGCGCGAUUCAUCUGCUCUGGAGGCGGAGGAGAAAGAAGUGAACGCGAUGCUCCUUUCCAAUUAGUCAGCGAGAGGAAAGCAUCAUCCGGAGACACUCACAGUGGCAAUGAAGUGAAAACAUUCCAUAUUUUUGAGCAAUUAGAUGGAAAAAGCUGAAAAUCAACCUCAUUUUCACCUUGAAAAUAAAAUUGCACUUUUGUGUAAGACAGUGAGAACACAGUGAGCAAAUCGAGUGAAAAAUUUGUGUAGAUUGCAGCUUCGACACUUGGAAAAAAUAAUAAUGAAAUUUGUACAAUUCACCUGCCUAUUGGUGGUCAUUUGUGUUGCAAGCACGGCCCAUGGUACAUGUGUUCUAGAGACAGAUUUUGGUAUUGUUGUUAAUUGCGCCUUCAAAAAGUCUGGAUUGUUCCGGGUGAGGAAUCUCGGUGGUUUGAAGGCGCACUUUGGGUUAGGUUUGAGUUUUGGAGAUGAUGUUGGCUUCGAGCAGAGUUUGGGUGCGCUCGAGGGCAAUAAGCGACGAUCGGCCAAUGCCCGCCAAAUGCCAGCAAUGCUUGGAGUACUUCCCGGUGCGAAGCAACUACCCGUGCAGUCACCACCACCAAUUCAGCUGAGUCGACCACAAGCUCUAAUAGCACGACCCAGUCUGCAGGACAUGACCCGUGUGCUGAAUCCCAAGAAACCCGGGCACAUGACGGAAGCCAUGUCCCUACCACUAGGUGUUCCAGCCUUCAAGCCCAUCCCGCGUGCUGAUGAGAAGCCCGACCGCCUGUCCAGUGCGUCACUCACGAAGAAGACAUACCAACUACCGGAGCAGAACUUCACAUCCAUCCGAGACAACCUCAUUAAUUCCGAUUUAUACACCAUACCGGCCUUUCAGACACUCCACAUGCCGACGAGACUCUCGCCCGAGAGUCAAGUUGAUCGAAAGUACGAUGUGAAUAAGAAGAACACCAUCUUCGCUCAGGCAAUCAAAGAGGAAAGUCACAAGAGCAUCGACAUCGCCCUGCCCACCGCGCGACCCAAAGUUGACCUCAUGGGGCACACUGUCGAAGAGCUCGCGGCUGUGGCCAAUGUGAGUGUGGAAGCAAUUCAGGCCGCCAUCCGGCAGAGGGAAUACCAAAUGGCUCUAGAACAGAAAAUCGCCCUCGAGAAUAGCCGCCUUAGAACAUCAACCACCACUACAACAACGACGACGACAACGACAACAAGACGACCACCCACCCACAAGAGGCCCAGCCAUGUAGGUCACAAAGUCAUGAAUGCCCCCAAGGAGUACUACCCUGUGGGGUAUGACAAAAAUUUCGAUGAUAACUUCACGACGCGCGUUGAGCUCCCUCACACGUCCUUCCACUGUGGCGAUCAGAAGCAUUUCCCGGGGCUGUAUGCUGAUGAAAAUUUGGGAUGUAUGGUCUUUCAUGUUUGCGCUCUCACCGAUGAUGGCCUAAUUAUGAAAUCCUUCCUCUGCCCCGAGAGUACCCUGUUCGAUCAAUCGAUCCUCAAGUGCAAUUGGUGGUUCUAUGUUGAUUGCAAAAUGAGCCGAACACUCUACGACAGCAACAUACCCGUGUCAAAGAGCUACCAACUCAUGAAAGCUCUCACCUUCUUCUCAACAAACUACAAAAAUAGUCCAUCUGUCGAUAUUGAAGCACUGAAAAAUUCAGUUGCUCCAGCAACCUAAUUUAUAAAUGAUUACAUUACAUCGAAAAAAAGAAACUGAUAGUGCCUAGCAAUUUAGAUUUAGAUAGAUAAUUUCUAGAUUUCUUUUACAAAUUUUUCCUGCCAGAAUAGACGACUUGAUAUUGAGAAGCUUUAAUGUUUAGAAUUUUGUACAGAGUUUAUUGUUUUUCUUUCAAUAUCGAUUCGUCUAUUUAUUUAAUUUUUUUGUGUGUAUAAUGAAGUAAUUUAAUUGUAUAAUUUUAAUUGUAAUUCCUAUGACUUUCCCUCAAAAAAAAAAUUACGCACUGUAAUUUAUAAAGCUUUUUUUAUACAAUCAUCAUUGAGAGAAUUUUCUCCACUUUUGCUCUACCAGAGAUUAUUUCCCUCAUUAAACAUAAAUUUGAAAUGGAGGUGAGACGAUAGUUGGUGUAUGUAUGUGUAAUACAUUAAAAGUGAAAACAUUA